AUAUAAUUCAGUUGCUUUCAUUGAAACAUUAAAAUGGCUUCAGAAAUUUUGUCAACUUAUCACAAUAAAGCUAGUAAAUUUCAUCCGGAAAAUAAUGAUCAACAAUUAACAAUCUAUGGAACAAUAUUUUGCCCCUUUGUAAGACGAGUCUUAAUUACGUUGGAUAUUAAACAAAUUCCUUACAAUUUCAUUGGAAUUGAUUUACUCAGUAAACCUGAUUGGUAUCUAAAGGUUAAUCCAACCGGUCGUGUACCUGUUUACAAGGAAGGAGAUAAACAAUUAACUGAAUCAUUGGUAAUCGUUGAUUAUAUUGAUUCAUUUGGUUGUCCAUCAAUCCACCCAACUGACCCUUACAUUAAAGCCCAAGGAUUAAUUCUGGUUGAUCAAUUGUUCCCAAUCGGAUUAACCGCAAUACGAAAUCUUAAAAAUAAAUCAACAAUUGAUGAAAAGAUUGAAGAAAUUAAAAAAGCCCUAAAUGAACUGGAAACUAAAUUACAAACAAUUAAGACAAAGUAUCUUCAAAGUGAUGAGAAACCUUAUUAUUCUGAUUAUAUGAUUUAUCCAGCAUUGGAAAUGAUUAUCCCGAUAAUCAAAAUCUUAAAUGAUCCUUCAUUAAAUUGUGAACAUCAUUUAUCAUCAUCUUAUCCAAAUUUAGCUAAUUACAUACAAUUAAUGUCUUCUAAUCAAACAAUUAAACGUGUCUGUCCAUCUGAUCAAGUUCAUUGUGAUUACUUUUCAAUGGUCAUUGAUACACUUUAAUUGUGUUAAUCUGGUUUCUUGUUUUCUUGUAUCACUUUCAUCAAAAUUAACCAAAACUGGUUAACAAUUUAUAUAUAUCCUGAUGUAUCGUUAAUUGUUAUCAAUUAAUCAAUGUUUCUUUGCUUUAAUCAACAAACUUAAUCUCUCCCCAUGAUUACCCUCGUUUAAUUAUUUACUCAGGUAAAUUGAAUUGAUUGGAAUUUUGUUUUCUAAAGUACUUUGAUAAUUAAAAAUGUCGUAAUAUUACAAAAUGUGAGAUAAUCAAUUAAUCAUUACUAGGGUAAAGAAAUUUACUCAUUUAAUUGCCACAAUCAAUUUUCUCAUGUGAUUGAUAGUCAAUGAUUAGAAUCAAAUUUUAAAUUUUAAAUUACUUUCAAAAGUGCAGAGAGAUAAUUUUACCUCAAGUUAUAAUAUUAAGUUUCCAAAUGC